UCUUCCUCUCUAUCCGCCCGUCUCUGUGGUCUCCGGGCGGGGCCCCGCCCCCGGGGCCCGCUGCGCGCUGCUCCCGCGCUGUCUGGACUCUGCCCCCAGCGACUUGGGGGCGCGCUGCGGGCCCCAGUGUCCAGCAGGUCACGGGCCAUGGCAGUGCCGCGGUCCGCGCCCCGGGCUGGUGCCAGGCCCCGGUUGGAUCUGCAGUUUCUCCAGCGGUUCCUGCAGAUUCAGAGGGUCUUGUUUCCCUCUUGGUCAUCCCAGACUGCCUUGAUGUUCCUGACCCUUUUGUGUGUGGCCCUGCUGGAACAACUGGUGGUCUACCAGGUGGGCCUGAUCCCCAGCCAGUACUACGGGGUCCUGGGAAGCAAAGACCUGGCAGGGUUUAAGAGCCUGACGCUCCUGGCCGUCUUGCUCAUCGUCCUCAACUCCAUGCUGAAGAGCUUUGACCAGUUCACCUGCAACCUGCUGUACGUGAGCUGGAGGAAGGACCUCACCGAGCACCUCCACCGCCUCUACUUCCGGGGCCGCGUCUACUACACCCUCAACGUCCUGCGGGAUGACAUCGAUAACCCGGACCAGCGCAUCAGCCAGGAUGUAGAGCGGUUCUGCCGGCAGCUGAGCAGCGUGGCCAGCAAGCUGCUCAUCUCCCCCUUCACCCUGGUCUACUACACCUACCAGUGCUUCCAGAGCACCGGCUGGCUGGGGCCUGUGAGUAUCUUCGGCUAUUUCAUCCUGGGAACCAUCGUGAACAAAAUGUUGAUGGGACCCAUCGUGGCCAAGCUGGUCCAGCAGGAGAAGCUGGAGGGGGAUUUCCGGUUCAAGCACAUGCAGAUCCGCGUGAAUGCCGAGCCUGCUGCAUUCUACAGAGCCGGGCACGUGGAGCACAUGAGGACCAACCGCAGGCUGCAGACGCUGCUGCAGACCCAGAGGCAGCUGAUGACCAAGGAGCUCUGGCUGUACAUUGGCAUCAACACCUUCGACUACCUGGGCAGCAUCCUGAGUUACGUGGUGAUCGCCAUCCCCAUUUUCAGUGGUGUCUACGGAGACCUGAGCCCCACCCAGCUCAGCACCCUGGUCAGCAAGAACGCCUUUGUGUGCAUCUACCUCAUCAGCUGCUUCACCCAGCUCAUCGACCUGUCCACCACGCUCUCAGACGUGGCCGGGUACACACACAGGAUCGGGGAGCUCCAGGAGACCCUGCUGGCCAUGUCGCAUAAAUCGCAGGAUGACGAGAUCCCGGAUGAAAGCGAGUGGGACUUUGAUGGGGCCCGGCCCGGCACAGAGCCAGCAGACACCGCCUUCCUCCUGGAGCGCGUCUGCAUCUCCGCCCCUUCCUCGGACCGGCCGUUCAUCCGGGACCUGAGCCUGAAGGUCUCCGAGGGCCAGAGCCUGCUCAUCACGGGGAACACGGGCACCGGCAAGACAUCCCUGCUGCGCGUGCUGGGUGGCCUCUGGGCCAGCUCCCGGGGGUCGGUGCAGAUGCUGACGGACUUCGGGCCCCGGGGGGUGCUGUUCCUACCCCAGAAACCCUUCUUCACCGACGGGACCCUCCGGGAGCAGGUGAUCUACCCGCUGAAGGAGAUCUACCCUGACUCGGGUUCCAUUGAUGACGAGAGGAUCAUGAGGUUCUUAGAGUUGGCAGGUCUGUCCAGCUUGGUGGCCAGGACGGAGGGUCUGGACCAGCCGGUCGACUGGAACUGGUACGAUGUUCUGUCCCCUGGGGAGAUGCAGCGACUGUCCUUUGCCCGGCUGUUCUACCUUCAGCCCAAGUACGCAGUGCUGGACGAAGCCACCAGCGCGCUCACGGAGGAAGCGGAGAGUGAGCUUUACCGUGUCGGCCAGCAGCUGGGCAUGACGUUCAUCAGCGUGGGCCACCGGCGCAGCCUGGAGAAGUUCCACUCUUUGUGUCUGAAACUCUGUGGAGAAGGAAGGUGGGAACUGAGCAGAAUCAAAGUGGAGUAACGCCCAGGAACGCCCAUGGCUGCUGGAAGGAAACUGAGUUCAGGGCUGGAGCAGGUCCCUGCAGAGACCCAGGGAGAAGAACCAGGGCCCCGUUGCCCGCUGCUUGUGCAGAGGAAACCCUGCCCACCCUGGAACACUCAGGCCUGUUGGGGCUCCAUGGCGUGCUGAUCCCCAACACAGAACCUCACGGUGCUUUCUGAAGAGAAUCCUGCCCCAGCAGAAGGGUCCAGGAGACGAUGCUGGGCAAAGAGCUCGGGACCCCGGAAUCACUUCAAUCCACCCGAUUUUGUGACUUUUCACUUUAACUGACCUCUUCAGCGUGGUAACUUUGUUUUUAUCAGGGAAAUCAUUAAACAGGUGUU